AUGGAUUUCUGCAAAGAAAAAAUAAGGUGGACCUUGUAUCUUGAUCAGUCCCAGAAAUCUUGGAUAGAAAAUACUUUCACCAAACGGGAAUGUGUGUACAUAAUACCAAGUUCAAAGGAUCCUCACAGAUGCCUUCCAGGAUGUCAGAUUUGUCAGCAACUUGUCAGGUGCUGCUGUGGUCGUUUGGUACGGCAACAUGCUUGCUUUACUGCAAGCCUUGCCAUGAAAUAUUCCGAUGUGAAACUAGGUGAAAAUUUUAAUCAGGAACUAGAAGAAUGGUCUGUAGAAAAACAUACGGAACAGAGUUCAACGGAUGCUUAUGGUAUCAUUAAUUUUCAAGGAGGCUCACACUCCUACCGAGCUAAGUAUGUACGAUUGUCAUAUGACACCAGACCUGAAGCCAUCCUACAGCUUAUGCUUAAAGAAUGGCAGCUGGAACUGCCAAAGCUUGUUGUUUCUGUACAUGGAGGGAUGCAAAAAUUUGAGCUUCAUCCACGAAUCAAACAGUUGCUUGGUAAAGGCCUUAUUAAAGCUGCAGUAACAACAGGAGCCUGGAUUAUAACUGGAGGAGUGAACACAGGAGUUGCAAAACAUGUUGGUGAUGCUCUGAAGGAGCAUGCCUCUCGAUCAUCUCGAAAGAUUUGCACUAUUGGAAUAGCUCCUUGGGGAGUGAUUGAAAAUAGAAAUGAUCUUGUUGGGAGAGAUGUGGUUGCUCCAUAUCAAACUCUGCUAAAUCCUUUAAGUAAAUUAAACGUCCUGAAUAAUCUUCAUUCCCAUUUCAUACUGGUGGAUGAUGGCACAGUUGGAAAAUAUGGAGCAGAAGUAAAAUUGCGGCGAGAACUGGAAAAAACAAUCAGUCUGCAACGAAUUCAUGCAAGAAUUGGACAAGGUGUUCCUGUGGUGGCACUUAUCUUUGAAGGUGGUCCCAAUGUUGUCCUUACUGUUUUGGAAUAUCUUCAGGAAAGCCCUCCUGUGCCAGUGGUGGUCUGCGAGGGGACUGGCAGAGCUGCGGAUAUUCUGGCUUAUGUCUAUAAGCAGACAGAAGAGGGCGGAAGUAUCCCUGAUGGAGCUGAACCAGAAAUCAUUUCAACAAUCAAAAAGACAUUUAAUUUUGGCCAGAGUGAAGCAGUUCAUUUAUUUCAGACACUCCUGGAAUGCAUGAAAAAACGGGAACUGAUCACAGUGUUCCAUAUUGGGUCUGAUGAGCAUCAGGAUAUUGAUGUUGCAAUCCUUACAGCCCUACUAAAAGGCACAAAUGCUUCUGCAUUUGAUCAGCUUAUCCUUACACUAGCUUGGGAUCGAGUUGAUAUUGCCAAAAAUCAUGUUUUUGUUUAUGGACAACAGUGGCUGGUUGGCUCUUUAGAGCAGGCUAUGUUAGAUGCCCUUGUGAUGGACAGAGUUGCCUUUGUGAAACUGCUUAUUGAAAAUGGAGUAAGCAUGCACAAAUUUCUGACAAUUCCCAGACUGGAAGAACUUUACAACACUAAACAAGGCCCAACAAACCCAGCAUUGUUUCACCUUGUCCGAGAUGUCAAACAGGGAAAUCUUCCUCCAGGAUACAAGCUCACUUUGAUUGACGUUGGACUUGUUGUUGAAUACUUAAUGGGAGGAACCUAUCGGUGCACGUACACAAGAAAACGCUUCCGAGUGAUAUACAACAGUCUCAGUGGCAGCAAUCGGCGCUCCGGGCGAAAUACUUCAGGCAGCACCCCUCAGUUGCGUAAAAGCCAUGAACCUUUUGGGAACAGGGUGGAUAAGAAAGAAAAAAUGCGGCACAAUCACUUCAUCAAAACUGCACAGCCUUACAAACCAAAGGCCGAUACUGCCACAGAUGAAGGAAAAAAGAAAAAAACCAAAGAUGACAUUGUGGAUAUCGAUGAUCCAGAAACCAGGCGCUUUCCGUAUCCUCUUAAUGAGUUGUUACUUUGGGCAGUGCUGAUGAAGAGACAAAAAAUGGCUCUCUUUUUCUGGCAGCAUGGUGAAGAGUCCAUGGCAAAAGCUUUAGUGGCCUGCAAGCUUUAUCGUUCCAUGGCCUAUGAAUCUAAACAAAAUGACCUGGUGGAUGAUACCUCAGAAGAACUAAAACAAUACUCCAACGAGUUUGGGGAGCUGGCAGUGGAAUUAUUAGAGCAGUCUUUUCGACAAGAUGAAACGAUGGCAAUGAAAUUGCUAACUUAUGAGCUAAAAAACUGGAGUAAUGCCACCUGCCUUAAACUAGCCGUGUCUUCACGCCUUCGUCCUUUUGUAGCACACACUUGUACCCAGAUGUUAUUAUCUGACAUGUGGAUGGGACGGCUGAACAUGAGGAAGAAUUCAUGGUACAAGGUGAUAUUGAGCAUCCUUCUUCCCCCUACUAUACUAAUGCUGGAAUACAAAACCAAGGCAGAAAUGUCUCAUAUUCCUCAGUCCCAAGAUGCACAUCAGAUGACCAUGGAGGAUAGUGAAAACAAUUUUCAGAACAUAGCAGAAGAAAUACCAAUGGAAGUGUUUAAAGAAGUAAGGGUCUUGGAUAAUUCUGAUGGAAAGCAUGAUAUGGAGAGUAUAAUAAAACCCAAGAGGCUUCCCAUUACACGAAAGUUUUAUGCUUUUUAUCAUGCACCAAUAGUGAAAUUCUGGUUUAACACGUUGGCGUAUAUAGGUUUCCUGAUGCUGUAUACCUUUGUGGUUCUCGUGAAAAUGGAAGAGUUGCCUUCAGUUCAGGAAUGGAUUGUCAUUGCUUACAUCUUCACCCUGGCAGUUGAGAAAAUCCGUGAGAUCUUUAUGUCAGAGGCUGGGAAGAUUAGUCAGAAGGUUAAAGUGUGGUUCAAUGAUUACUUCAACAUCAGUGAUACAAUAGCCAUUAUCACUUUCUUCAUUGGUUUUGUACUAAGAUUUGGAGCAAAAGGGAACUUCAAUGAAGAUACUUACAAAGUAAAUUAUGUUUUCGUUGCUGGAAGACUAACUUACUGCCUGAAUAUAAUCUUUUGGUAUGUGAGAUUACUGGAUUUUCUGGCUGUAAAUCAACAUGCUGGACCUUAUGUCAUGAUGAUUGGGAAAAUGGUGGCGAACAUGUUUUAUAUUGUAGUGAUAAUGGCACUGGUCCUACUCAGUUUUGGAGUACCUAGGAAGGCAAUACUUUAUCCUGAUGAAGAACCGUCAUGGGUUCUAGCAAAAGAUAUUGUAUUUCAGCCUUACUGGAUGAUAUUCGGUGAAGUGUAUGCAUAUGAAAUUGAUGUAUGUGCAAAUGCUUCGGAAUUUGCGCAGCUCUGUGUGACAGGAUCAUGGCUAACACCGUUUCUUCAGUCAGUAUACCUUUUUGUGCAGUACAUCAUUAUGGUCAACCUUCUCAUCGCCUUUUUCAACAAUGUGUAUUUACAAGUGAAAGCUAUUUCGAAUAUUGUGUGGAAAUAUCAGCGUUAUCAUUUUGUUAUGGCCUAUCAUGAGAAACCCAUCCUACCUCCUCCCCUUAUAAUUCUUAGUCAUGUGGCUUCUUUGUGCUACUGCAUAUGCAAACGAAGAAAGAAAGAUAAAACUUCAGAUGGACCAAAACUAUUUCUAACAGAAGAAGAUCAAAAGAAGCUUCAUGAUUUUGAAGAGUUGUGUGUUGAAAUGUAUUUCAAUGAAAAAGAUGAUAAAUUCCAUUCUCGGAGUGAAGAGAGAAUUAGAGUCACAUCUGAACGUGUUGAGCAGAUGUGCAUCCAGAUCAAGGAGGUUGGUGACAGAGUCAACUACAUCAAACGCUCAUUGCAGUCUCUAGAUACACAAAUUGGCCACUUGCAGGACCUUUCUGCUCUCACGGUGGAUACUUUGAAAACUCUAACUGCGCAGAAAGCAUCAGAAGCAAGCAAGGUCCACAAUGAAAUCACACGGGAACUGAGUAUUUCAAAACACUUGGCCCAGAACCUUAUUGAUGAUGUUCCCUUACGAUCUUCCAUGUGGAGGAAACACAGUAUUGGCAAUGUGUUUGGUUCUUCUUUCCCCCAAGGAGGCCUUGAAAGUAAUAAUGCUGUACUGUGCAACAUAUCUAUGCAAGAAGAAAACGAUCCAGGACAUAAGAUGACUGGUUUCCCCAAGGGGGAUGAAUUCAGCUUUCCCGAGGCAGGUUCCUCAGGUGGUGCCUUACUUCCAAAAGCCCUUUCUCCCACAGAACUUCGUCAAAGAGUACAGGGUAUACAAGUAUCCAAAUGCAGUAAUAAAGGUAAAAAGGGUGGCAGUUCUUUAAACAGUCUACCAUAUCUAACAUCUUUGUCAGCUAAAUUUUUUGUGAGCACUCCUUCUCAACCCAUUUGUAAAAACCCGUCAGAAAGCACCACAAAGGAUGAAGACAUUCUGGUCCCGAAGGCUGCUGAAGGAGAAAAUGCUAUUGAAUUUGGUGCAUUUGUGGGUAAGUAUAACAAACGAAAAGGUGGGCUUCCAGAAAUUGCUGGGGGUUGCUGCGAUGUUCCAGUUUCUGGCGUCGUUUGUUUUGCUUCCAUCUCCCAACAUUGUGGAGGUUAUAUCAAUUCUGGAUUUACUGAUGAUGAAAAUUAUACUGCUGCUAAGAACUAUUCAGGCAAAUGGAACUGCCAGACCUCUUCUAACUUUGUGAAGACUGUUGCCCAAAGUCAAUUACAGUUGCCUUUUGCUAAUGAGAUCAGAAGUGUUCCUUGUAGUGGAUUGAAAAAGACACAGGAAGUUGAAAGACCAAAUAGAAGUUUUCCAGCAACGUCACCAAAGAGCUCCAGUUUAAGUUCCAGUGUCACUGCACAUCACCAGAAACUCUGGAUCAAAUCUAAGCUGCAAGGUUUGAUUUAUCAAGAAUUGUAUGGUACCUUUAUGGAUUUUGUGGUACUUUUGGUGCACUCUGAGACAGCGAUAACGAGUAAAGAAAAAAGUGAGAGCAUUGAGGAGCAACAGGAAGAUUUCAAAAAAGCAAUUCUGGAAGGCAUGGAGAAAACAAAAGAUAAGGUCAGCAGUCAUGCAGAAGGUCAUCUCAGACAUGUUAGCUCAUAUGGAGGCUUUAGUGACUAUUGUAGAAACUCAUCAGCUGCACAAUCAGAGCAAACUCACAAUAAGAGCAGAAGAGCAUCUAUUGAAGAGAUUCAUCAGGUGGAUUCCAAGGCAGCUUUACUCACAGAUUGGUUGCAAGGCCGAACUUCCUAUAGGAAUGAAAUGUCUUCUGAGGAAGAUGCACUGAAUGGUAUAGCUUCCCCUUUCAAGCCCAUUAUGGAUACUACCUACUACUAUUCAGCUGUGGAGAGAAAUAAUUUGAUGAGAUUAUCACAGAGCAUACCAUUCACCCCGGUGCCUCCAAGAGGAGAACCAGUCACUGUGUAUCGUCUUGAAGAAAGCUCUCCCAACAUUUUGAACAACAGCAUGUCUUCCUGGUCUCAGCUGGGCCUCUGUGCCAAAAUCGAAUUCUUAAGCAAAGAAGAGAUGGGAGGAGGUUUGCGACGAGCCCUCAAGGUGGCCUGCACUUGGUCUGAGUAUGAUAUUCUGAAAUCAGGUCACCUUUAUAUCAUCAAAUCUUUUCUCCCUGAAGUUGUCAAUACUUGGUCAAGCGUUUACAAAGAAGACACAGUGUUACAUCUUUGCUUGAGAGAAAUUCAGCAGCAAAGGGCUGCGCAGAAGCUCACAUUUGCCUUCAAUCAGAUGAAGCCCAAAUCUAUUCCAUAUUCUCCAAGGUUCUUGGAAGUGUUCCUCUUAUAUUGCCACUCGGCUGGUCAGUGGUUUGCAGUUGAAGAGUGCAUGACUGGAGAAUUCAGGAAGUAUAACAACAACAAUGGAGAUGAAAUCAUUCCAACCAACAUGCUAGAGGAGGUCAUGCUAGCUUUCAGCCAUUGGACAUAUGAAUAUACGCGAGGAGAGCUGUUGGUCCUUGAUUUGCAAGGUGUUGGAGAAAACCUGACCGACCCUUCUGUGAUAAAAGCUGAAGAAAAAAGGUCAAGCGAUAUGGUAUUUGGUCCUGCCAAUCUGGGAGAAGAUGCCAUAAAGAAUUUCAGAGCUAAGCAUCACUGCAACUCCUGCUGCAGGAAACUUAAGCUUCCAGAUUUGAAAAGGAACGACUACACGCCUGAUAAAAUCCUGCUGCCUCAAGAAGAUUCUCCAGAACUGACCAUUCAGCCUGGGAGCUGCACCAAAGAAUCCAACUCAACGGGUUCCGGCCACUUGAUGCUGUAGCCACACACCCUGGCUUUUCGCCCACGGCUUGUAGCAGUCAGCCGGGUCCUGGUGCCCUGCGUCUCCUUCCACUGGCUCUGGUCCUGGAAACUGACCCGUAGUUUAGGAGGGCCUUGUGAAAUACAGGCAUUGCCUAUGGCAGAGGAGCCGGCGAGCUGGCAAUUUAUUCUUCAGUUUCUUUUUCCAAGGUGGAAUUGAAUUAAGUAUUUAUGAAGUAGCUUUUUAAAGAAGCAUUUUAGCAGAAGGAUCAACUUUACAUUUUAUCUUGGUCUGUGGAGGGAAUCUCUCCCCUCUCAGCCCCUUCGUGCUGUAGUGCAAUAUGUGUCCAUGACCAAAUGACAUUUUGGCUUUCAGUGGUUCUAAGGCCGAGGGUGUUCCAGGUGUUUGGCAGCUGGUUUCUGUCAACCUGACUAGAGAAAUGGGAGAGAGCUGCCUCCCCCACUCCCUCGCCAAAGGGUUCUUUGACACUUCUCAGGGGGUCCUGAACAUGCUCUCUUGACACCAUGCCAUGUAUGUUUUAUGUGGCUGAAUGAAACGAGCUGCUCCUAGGAAUAUCUAUCCGUAUUUUGGGCCAGUAAGCUUUGAGCUGCAAGGGGUGUGAACUUCCGGUUUCAACCCAGACGCGCAGUGGCCUUGUCUCCUGCAUCAGGAUUCGCCCACCGAAAUGUGGAGCCAGUUCGCGUGGGAUGGAUUCUGUGUAAUGAAUUCCCCAUUUUUAAAAUCAAACCAAUAUACAUUUCAGCUUUAUUAAGGCACUGUCUAUGAAUAGUAAAGCUAUCAAAGAUACUUGGAAGGAGGGCGGGGGUUAAUCACAGUGGUAGAACAGAAAUAGCAUAGACUCUGGUUUUGGAUAAGAAGUUGUCUUUUUUAAGUGAACAGGUGUCCUUGAAACCUAUGUGGCUGCUUCAUUAGUAUUGCCUUCCAAAGAUCUUCUAAACCUGUACAUGGAACAUGAAUGUACACAAGAAUUUUAGGACUUUUUCUAAUGUCAGCCCUGCAGCGUGCCUUCCUGUGCUGCUUGGGAAAUACCCAAAAUCUCAGAUGAUGCAGACAGAGUCUUCUUUGGGGCUCCUUGCUGUGUCUGUGUUGUCCCAACUUCUAGUGAGAACUAAGCUGACCUGGAGGUCUUGCAAGGGACCAGCAGCGUCUGGCAACGUUUGAGGUAUUGGAAGAGAGAGAGAGUUCUGGUUCCCGCACAUCCUAAGUGACAUCCAAAAAGAGCCCCUCAGUUGUAUUUAAUAUUGUGUGAGAGCACAUCUUUUAUGUUAUCUAUGGGACUUAUUUAAAAGAAAAAAAAAUAGGGUUGAAUUUACAUUAUGUAAUGUACGGGAGAUUGCAAUGCAACUUUAUGCCAAUAAAAUGUAAUUUACCUGUCCAAAUUUGUUGACAUUUCAACAAGAACCUCUUUGUCCAACUAAAGUUUCAUGCUGCAAGUUUUUUGUUGUUGUUGUUAAAUAGGUACUAAUUGUAAUUUUUAAUUAAAAGGCAUCAUAACGCUUAGUAAAUCUUUUUUUAAAAAAUUUUGUAGUGUAUCUUAUAGAUACAGACAUUAAGGCACGAACACAAUAGCUGUUUAAAUGGUGGUUUAUGUCGCUGGGGGAGGAAAUAUAUAGUGUAUUAAAGCUAUAAAACUGUAUACAUUUUAUAUAUCAAUAAAUCUUUAAACAAUCCCAAAUAAAUUUAUUCUUGUU